GCCCGUAUCACACCAGUUGAAGCACUCCCGAGGCGCGAUGGGGAACACGCCCUCCACGCCACCCCCGCUCGUCUCCAUUAACGCACCCGGCAACGACGUCCUCGUCCCGUACGGCACGAGUUUGUAUGCUAUUCCGCCCCUAACGCCUGGAUACCACCCGCCUCAUGCGCAUGGCAACUGUAAAGGCGCGGGCUGUCAAGGUGCUUCAUCCUGUCAUGCAUCUGCGCCUCGAGGCCCAGUGUACACUCGCGUUGGCACAAGACCGCGUCGACAACGACACGGGCACACAGAGCCGGAUGUGAAUAUCCGUGAGUAUGAGUAUGAGGAAGAUAGCAGGAGUACAGAGUUAGGUGAGUUGCCAGAGACUGUGAGGAUGAGGAAGGGGAGUAAGAUGCAGGGUCCGAGACAACAUGGAGGAAGGAGAGGGAUGCCGGGACCGUAUGAUGGGGAUCCAAGGCCGAGUAGUGCGCCGGUGGGGUAUAUGGGGAUGAGAGGAGGGCAAGGGUAUCCGGGGAUGCAUCCAGGUGUGGAAGAUAUGGGCGUGGGGAUGGGUAUGGAUCCGAGUGUGAUGCGUCCUGGUAUGUAUCCAGGCGUGUAUCCGACAGGUCCUGGUAUGCCACCGCAUAUGUCAGUGCCGCCACAAUACGCUUCUCACGAGUCGAUGCAUCGUUACCCUCCUGGUAUGGGCGGCAUGCACAGCGCGAACCCGUACGCGGCUCAUCCACCUCGACCACCACCGCCGAGUACAAGCUCUCCGCCACCGAGUCCGAAACGAAUAUCGCCAGCCGUUCAAGCGGCUAUUGAUGCAGCGGUACAAAAGAGUGCUGAAAUGGCUGGCAAAUCCAGAUCCACACCUACUAGGUCGAGAACCUCACCAGCGGCAUUGGCAAAAGACAAGAACAAUGAAUGGGGCGAGGGAAUUGAUACCUGCAUUUGCACGACAGAUUGCAAGUGUCGAAAGGGCGAGCGCGCAGCUGGUUGGUACGAAGGCGUGGCUGAUAUUGACGGUGAGGAGGUUCCUGUUCGAGGCAAGUUGAAUACUCGAUGGGUGCUAGUUGAUGAUCUUGGAAAAGACUGCGGUGAUCAUACGGAUUGUAAGAAGAGCUCCAGUUCUAGCUCCACCAGCAGCGACACGGAAACUUCGCAAUCAAAAUCGAAGAAGAAGAAGAGUGACAAGAAGAAGUCGGAAAAGAUCAGCAAUGCUGGCAAGCUGGAGGACCUCCAGGCUGAGAUUGACAAGAUGAAAAAGCCAGCAGGUCUGAAGCAAGGACCUUCGCCAUACACCGGUCAUGGCCCCGGCCUUGGUCCUAGCGACAUGGAGGGUUGGCAUCCUGAGAUGAUGCAGCAGUUGCGUAUGAUGGAGAUGAGCGGUGAUCCGUACAGGAUGGGCCGCGUGAAUGGAAUGGACGCCACGGGAGCGAUGCAGGGCAAAUUCAAUCCUAUGACCAUGCGUAAUCUACGUGGUCCGCGGAUGCCGCCGAGGCCUGGAAUGCGGAGGCGAUAUGAGGAUGACGGGUUCGUGGAGAAUUAUGAGGACAUGGGAGGCGCGAGUCCGGGGAACCCUUACGCACACCCAAGUGCAAUGAGCGCCAAGAGAAGAAACAAGGAUUCGAUGCAGCCGAAAGGGCGAACAGGGUUCGGUCUUCGAGGAGGUCUUUUCGAUUCUGACAGUGAACCGAGUACGGCAAUACGUAAAAAUACCAGCAAAAGAGGCGGAGGCACUUUGGGCGGUCGUCUGGCACGAAGCGGAAGAAAUCGUCCACAUUUCGAGUUCGAUGAUACCAGUGUUAGCUUUGGACCGAGGAGACAGUCAGGUAUGGAAAGCUUUGGAACGGAUGAGGACGGCGAGCCUCCGAUGUACAACUUGCCCAAGCGCGGCGUCGGAGACAGGGACGAAGGUGCAUCGCCGCGGAAUGGACGGUCUCGUAUCAGUCCACCGGGGGGGAGGGGUGGGGUGCGCAGUGGGCGGACCGUGGGGAAGCAGGCGCGCGCUGAAACAGAUGACGAUGAAGACUAUUGA